AUGGCGUGUAAGUCAGUGACCCGUCUCAUCCCAGCCACCUGUGCCUGGAUUCUACUCUUGUCGACCACGACUGCAUUCUUCUGGUUUCCGUAUGUCUUGUGUGCCAUCUCUCAGUGCAAUGAAACCAUUAACGCUAACUCUCACCCCAUUAGCUGCCAAUAUCUCCAAAACACUUACCAUUUGUCGGUCACUAUAUGUCAGGGAAUAAUCACAUUCUUCGUCAUUUCCAACUUCUUUUUGGCAACUUUUAUGGACCCCGGAGUCAUCAAAAAAGCGCUCAUAACAGCCAAUGCGGACGAAGACAAGGACGACGACUUCCGGGCGCCGCUCUAUAAGAACGUGGAGAUCAAUGGCAUAACAGUGCGGAUGAAGUGGUGCGUGACGUGUCAGUUCUACAGACCUCCGCGGUGUUCGCAUUGCAGUGUUUGCAACACUUGUAUUGAAGUGAGUGCCGUCUCUGAAGAUAUGUUUACCUUUGACCACCACUGCCCGUGGGUUAACAACUGCAUCGGUCGACGCAAUUACAGGCAUUUCUUCUUUUUCCUCAUAUUCCUCAGCAUUCAUAUGGUCUCCAUAUUCUUCUGGUGUAUUCUCUUUAUAUUGGAUCACAAGGAAGUACUCCAACAAACCGACUCUAUUGUUGCGGGUCGCACCACAAACGAACAGGGGGGAUAUAACCCAUUCUCAAGAGGCUGUUGGGCCAACUGUUGUUACACUCUGUGCGGUCCGCGCUUUCCCAGUAAAAGUGUGGCUAAAAAGAAGAGCUCAUUGUCUCAUUUACAUCAUUACAAUUCAUUGAGUGCUUCUGCGGCAACAGGUGCUGACAAUACAGUUAAGGUUUAUAUGGAUAGCACUAAUUCAAUGUUUGUUCACAACUCAAUGCGUCCAAACAACUCAUCCCAUUCUCAGAACUAUAACCGAAAGACAAAUAGUGCCUGUCCAAACGAUGGCAUAUCAUUAGAAAGAAUAGAAUCUUCAUCUCAGAGCCAAUCGCGUGAUUGCGAGCCCUCUCCGCCGGCGCACAGAAAUCAUAUGAACUCAUCAAUGAGUCCUCAGUUUAAGCCAUACCCUCAUAAUAUGAGCGGACAAAUGGCUUUUCAUGAUUUCAAUAAACCACAGUUUAAUAAUUCGGACAAUAAUUUUUCGAUAACUAUGAGACGGAAUGAAAAUGGUAAAAAAGAGACCACUUUUUCUGUUUCUGCAGACGAUUCUUAUAACGAGAAGCCGACUCACAAUCAAUACAACAGUCAAAGACCUUUCUCCCCGGUCAGCAGUACCUCAAACACUGAUAGUUACAUUCAAAGUCAAAACCGAUCGAUGACUCCAGGGGGAGGGCCGGGAGGAAUGGUUAUCUAUUACUCACCCGACGCCGGAUGUGUGUCAGAAGUGGCCAAAUAUAGUGAAACAGAACCAAGAAGUAAGCAGCAAAUGGGUGCCAGUGAUGACCACAGCUGCCAAUCCACUAAUACGAGCACUCACUUCAUCAAAAGGCCGAUGUCUUUCAUUAAAGCCCUUGAAAUGACUGACAAAAUAGAGCGCAAUGAACACAACAACCAACUCAGUCCACGACAACAACAACUCCAGAGACAGUCCACCAAUAAUGAGGACAAUCGCCAGAGUCAGUACGAAAUGAAUUACGAGAUCUCUGUCUGAAUGCAACGAUUAUCGGCUCAAACAAUGGCAUCAACUGAUGUCCCCUC